UGCAGAAGAGUAUGUAAUUGCUGAUACUAAUUUAAUUACUACUAAAAUACCAAAUAAUGAUGAGAUAAUUGAAGCUAUAAAGAAUCGUAAAUGUAUCAAACUAGGAGAUAAAGUUUUAAAUAAACUAAUAUUUUUUACAGAAGCUUUAGAAUUUAUCAAUAGGAUCUUAUUGUUUCAUGAAUAG